GGAUGCUGCAUCGGAGGGGACGGCGGAGCUUCGCGGCCGGGGCCACCCCACGCAAGAAGAAAAACAUCCCAUCACAUGCAUGCUGUGAGCUGCUUCCAGUGCCGACAGAAGCACGGCACUGAUGCUCUCACCUUUUCAACAGGUGCAUGGGAUGAAGGGAGCCUGAGACCCGUCUGGAGAGGAGACCCUGGUCCCUGUGGAGUUGCCCACCAUGAGCAGGGCACUGCUGACAGGCAGGAUGCAGCCAGAGAUCCGGAGUGUCUGCGUCUUCCUGCCCACCCGUGAGCAGCUCAGCCUAGCCGUCGGGGUCAAAGCCACUGGACAGGAGCUCUUUCAGCAAGUUUGUGAUUUAGUGAAGAUUAAAGAGCCUCACUUCUUUGGCCUCAGCAUUGUUAAAAAUAAUGAAUAUGUUUUUAUGGACCUGGAGCAGAAGCUUAGCAAAUACUUUUCAAAGGAGUGGAAGAAAGAGACCACCAAAGGAACAGAGAAAUUCAGCCCUCCUUUUGUUGCGUUCUUUAGAGUACAAUACUAUGUAGAAAAUGGAAGAGUAAUAGGCGAUAAGGUGGCUCGGCAGCUCUACUACUGCCAUCUCAAAGAGCAAGUACUUAUGUCUCAUUGCAAUCACAAAGAAGAAAUCUACUUCUUGCUGGCUGCCUACAGCUUACAGGCAGAUUUGGGCAACUACAGAGAGAAGGUCCAUGCUGGCAAAUAUUUUGAACCUCAGGCUUAUUUCCCACAAUGGAUAAUUGCGAAGAGGGGGAGCGACUACAUCUUGAAACAUGCCCCAGAGAUGCACCGAGAACAGCAAGGGCUGAGCACUAAGGAAGCAGUUCUGAAGUUCAUUAAGGAGUCUUGCCUACUGGAAGAUGUGCCAGUCCACUUCUACAGGCUGCAGAAGGAUAAGAAGGAGGAUCGACCAACAGUUAUCCUGGGCCUGACCCUGAGAGGAAUGCACAUCUAUCAGGAGGUGAAUCACGUUCGCCAGCUCCUCUAUGACUUUCCCUGGUCGCACAUUGGGAAGCUGGCCUUUCUGGGGAAAAAAUUUGAGAUCCAGCCAGAUGGCUUGCCCUCUGCAAGGAAACUGGUUUACUACACAGGCUGCCCCUUCAGGUCACGGCAUUUGCUGCAGCUGCUCAGCAACAGUCACCGGCUCUUUCUGAAUAUUCAACCAGUGUUGAAGCAAAUCCAAAAACUGGAGGAGGCUGAAGAGAAGAAGCGCUACCGAGAGUCCUACAUCAGUGACACACUAGACAUGGACCUGGACCCAUGUGACAAGAAUUCCCGUGGCAGCGGGAGCAGUGGGGGCAGCCAGAGGGAUAACCGUCUCUCACGCCAGUCCACAGGGAGCCAUGGCAGCUCUCACACAUCGGGCAUCGAGGCUGACUCCAGGCACCGGGUGUCAGUGGAAAUGUCGGUGGAUGAGCCCUUCAGCAUUGACCGGGUGCAUAGGAAAGAGAAAUCUUGCAGCUCAACCAUCAGCUAUGGUAGCUCUGGCAUUGACAUUGGCAGCAAACAGCGGGCUGAUGAUGACACUCGGGAUGAUGAGCUUGAGCUGGCAGUAGAUGAGCCAGAGGAGAUGCCUGUAGAUGAACCUUUAGAGGGAAACCAGUUAGAGGAGGCCACUGUGGGAGAAUCUGUUGAAUCUCUGCCUCUAGAUGCUGCUAGCUGUCAAGCUAUAAAUCAUGGAUCGCUGUCUGUGGUGCAAGUCACGCUAAUCAAAAUGAGAGGCCAAAGCGUGGAAUCCCUUCACCAGGUCAGAUCGCCCAAAAGCAGGAACUGCAUGGACCAGCACAGCCAGAGUUUGGAUGACAUCCGCCUUUAUAAGCACCAGCACCCGCCACUAAGUGCCACACUGUCUUCAGACACGUCCCACAGCUACACGUUUGGCUGCAGCCUGGAGGAUAAGCUGUCUAUCUAUGGCUGUGUUUAUUCCACAGCGGACUGCAAAACCAAGUCUGCCCUUUACGGGAAGCGGUCCAUGAACUGCCUCUCCUUAGAUCUUCUGGGAGAGGAUCAGCUCCCAGAGGAGUUUGUGGUAUAAUGAGAUUGGAGCUCUUCCAUACCAGGAAACAGCUCAUUAUGGAAAUAUAUACCUCAUUAACACGUGUGAUGUCACUCUGGUUCUUGCAGAAGAUUGUGAACGGUUUUGUUAUUCAACUUCGUAUCAGGAAGUGACAUCACUUCUGCAGACCUGACUACAGGGCAAAUCAACGAGUGUAGUAGCACUUAACGUUGACAUUGGAAGUGUCUGUCUGAGCAGAAAAUGGAAGUGGCUUGCACUAUUAGCAGUAACACAACCAACAUAAAAACCAAAAAACAGUGGACCAAAACUGAUGCUGAGCUAGUAAAGAAAACUCUGUCUAAAUGGAUUAAUCAGAAAGAAAUUUAAAGUCUAUGUCAGUUUAUCUUCCUGCCUUUCUCUUGUGGUCCAUGUCUGUUAAUGCUAGUGUACAGAUAGUUUGGCUGUCUUGAGUUUGUGGUGCUGCAACACUGCCAACAGCUGCCAGGCCAGGAUAUACUCUGAGCACAUUUGGAGGGCUGUGUAUGGAAGUGUCUGGCCUGUUUCUGUUAUAAUGAAUGCAAGUUGCCUAUUUGCUUCACUGGGAGCAAGACAUGCUCUGCCAGGAGUUUAUUCCUCUUUUCUUUGUUGUUGUUGUUUUGUUUUGUUGUAAGCAUCCAGCCAAAUACAGUGUGCGGCCUUUUUUUUUUUUAUUUACUGCAACAAAUGGAACUGUCUCUCAGCUGUCUAGUAUUGCUGUGAUGCAGAUUGAUAAAUAAAUGCUUAUAUCCUUGGGGAGAUGGGGAGAUGAUAAAACAAAUGACUUGGCUACUUCUGAGAGUACAGAAGACAAGUUAAGAGUGUUAAUUGACUGGCUUUUGAAGACAGGAGUGUGACUGGAGAAUUUGUCCAGACAUGAUCACCCCUUACUUUGAUUCAUACUUUUAUGUUAUUCUUGUUUUGUUGUUGUUUUUAAUAAAUCUGUUCCUUAGAA